AAAGUACUCUGCACUCUACAUCUCCUCUAUUUGGACUUGGAAAUUGUCCAAAAAUAACUUGAAUUUUUAAAUAUAAUAAUUAGUUUUCAGCCUUCGUUAAAAUGUCUCUUAUUAGUAGAAAUAUUUUCCGCGCCCUAGUGCAGGGUUCGCAACAUGUGUCUAAGGGAGUACAUACAAGUGCGGUAAAUGCUGAUCAAAGUGUAUGUUUUGCUCCAAUUGGUAUCAGCACCUUGCAACCAAAUGCAAACAAGGAGGGUCGCAUCAAGUGCACUUUAAUUCCUGGAGAUGGCGUCGGACCUGAAAUGGUGUACUCUGUGCAGGAAGUCUUCAAGGCGGCAAAUAUCCCCGUGGACUUCGAAUCCUUCUUUUUUUCUGAAGUAAACCCGACAUUGAGCGCGCCCCUUGAAGAUGUUGUUACCUCUAUCGCUAACAACAAGAUUUGUAUCAAGGGAAUUUUAGCUACCCCGGAUUUCUCUCACACCGGUGAAUUGCAAACGUUAAACAUGAAACUGCGUAACGCUCUCGACUUAUACGCAAACGUGGUACACGUGAAGUCUCUGCCCAAUGUGAAGUGCCGACAUCACGACGUGGACUGUAUCAUCAUCAGAGAGCAGACCGAAGGGGAAUACUCGGCGCUGGAACACGAGUCUGUUCCUGGAGUUGUGGAAUGCUUGAAAAUCAUCACUGCUGCUAAAUCGGAGCGUAUAGCCAAAUUCGCGUUUGACUACGCUGUGAAAAUGGGCCGCAAGAAGGUCACUGCUGUACAUAAGGCCAACAUCAUGAAGCUUGGCGAUGGAUUGUUUUUACGCAGCUGUGAAGAGAUGGCUAAACUGUAUCCCCGAAUUCAGUUCGAGAAGAUGAUAGUUGACAACUGCACAAUGCAAAUGGUGUCUAAUCCAAACCAGUUCGACGUGAUGGUCACACCGAAUCUGUACGGGAACAUCGUGGACAAUUUAGCCAGCGGGCUGGUCGGAGGCGCGGGCGUUGUAGCCGGUGCCUCCUACAGUCCUGAGUGCGCUGUUUUCGAACAGGGCGCACGCCAUAUAUUUUCGGGCGCGGUGGGCAAGAACAUCGCCAACCCGACCGCCAUGCUGCUGUGUUCCGCCAACUUGUUAGCACACGUCAACCUGCACUCGUACUCCAAAAUGAUCAAGAACGCCAUCAACAAAGUUCUAACUGACGGCAAAGUGAGGACGAAGGACCUCGGGGGACAGUCCACAACCAAAGAUUUCACCUACGCCGUGAUCCAGAGCCUUGCCUAAUCAACUGCCUCCCCACCGAACUUAGUUCAAUGCUCCAAGAGCUUAACAUAAGGAUAAUUUAUUUGUAUUGUAUUCUAUGUAGAAAUGUGAUCUGAGAAAUCAAAUAUUUGUUCGAUACUGUAUAGACGAAUUUAC